AUGGCAGACAACGCCAAGCCCCGUGCGAAUACGUUGCAGGUGCUGCGGGACAUGGCCAACCGCCUGCGGAUCCAUUCCAUCAGGGCCACGUGUGCCUCCCGCUCCGGCCACCCCACUUCGUGCUGCAGCACAGCUGAGAUCAUGUCCGUGCUGUUCUUCCACACGAUGCGGUAUAAACAGACAGAGCCAGAACACCCUGACAAUGACCGAUUCAUCCUCUCCAAGGGCCAUGCUGCUCCCAUCCUCUAUGCAGCUUGGGCAGAGCUGGGCAUCAUCAGUGAAUCCGACUUGCUGAACUUGAGGAAAAUUAACUGUGACUUAGAGGGACAUCCCACCCCAAGACUGUCGUUCGUUGAUGUGGCAACCGGAUCGCUUGGGCAAGGAUUGGGUGCCGCCUGCGGAAUGGCUUAUACUGGCAAGUACUUUGACAAGGCCAGCUACCGAGUGUUCUGCCUUAUGGGAGAUGGCGAAUCCUCGGAAGGUUCAGUCUGGGAGGCUCUGGACUUCGCUUCCCACUACAAUUUGGACAAUCUCGUGGCAGUCUUUGACGUGAACCGUUUGGGACAAAGUGGUGUCACCCCCCUUGAGCACUGCACAGACGUCUAUCAGAAUCGCUGUGAAGCCUUUGGGUGGAAUACUUACUUAGUGGAUGGCCAUGAUGUGGAGGGGUUGUGCCAUGCGUUCUGGCAAGCAACUCAAGUGAAGAACAAGCCCACUGCCAUAGUAGCCAAGACCUUCAAGGGCCGGGGUAUUCCAGACAUUGAGGAUGCAGAAAAUUGGCAUGGAAAGCCAAUGCCAAAAGAAAGAGCAGAUGCAAUCAUCAAAUUAAUUGAGAGUCACAUACAGACCAAUAGAAAUUUCACAGUGAAACUCCCUCUUGAAGACUCACCGCAAGUCAGCAUCAGGAAUAUAAAAAUGACCUGUCUGCCUGAUUAUGAAGUUGGUGACAAGAUAGCUACUCAGAAAGCAUAUGGUUUGGCUCUGGUUAAACUGGGACGUGCAAAUGACAGACUUAUUGUGCUGGAUGGUGACGCAAAGAACUCCACCUUUUCUGAGAUAUUCAAGAAAGAAUACCCUGAGCGUUUCAUUGAGUGUGUUAUGGCUGAGCAAAACAUGGUAAGUGUGGCACUGGGCUGCGCCACACGUGAUCGAACUGUUGCUUUUAUUAGUACCCUUGCUGCCUGUUUGACCCGAGCAUUUGAUCAGAUCCAGAUGGGAGCCAUAUCUCAAACCAAUAUCAAUCUUAUUGGUUCCCACUGCGGGGUAUCUAUGGGUGAAGAAGGAUCUUCCCAGAUGGCUCUGGAGGAUCUCGCCAUGUUCCGAAGCAUUCCCAAUUGCACCGUUUUCUAUCCAAGUGAUGCCAUCUCGACAGAGCAUGCUGUUUAUCUGGCUGCCAGUACCAAAGGAAUGUGCUUCAUUCGGACCAGCCGACAAGAAACUGCGGUUAUUUAUACCCCACAAGAAAAUUUUGUGAUUGGACAGGCCAGGGUCAUCCGCCACAGUGUCAAUGACAAAGUUACAGUUAUUGGAGCAGGAGUUACUGUCCAUGAAGCCUUAGCAGCUGCUGAUGAUCUUUCUCAACAAGGCAUUUCUAUCCGUGUCAUUGACCCGUUUACCAUUAAACCCCUGGAUGCUGCCACCAUCAUCUCCAGUGCAAAAGCUACAGGUGGUCGGGUUAUCACAGUAGAGGAUCACUACCGAGAAGGUGGCCUUGGAGAAGCUGUGUGUGCAGCUGUCUCUGGGGAGCCUGACAUCCUUGUUCAUCAGCUGGCAGUGUCAGGAGUGCCCCAAAGUGGGAAACCUAGUGAAUUGCUGGAUAUGUUUGGAAUCAGUGCCAGACACAUCAUAGCUGCUGUGAAAUACACUUUAAUGAACUAA